AUGGAUCGGCAAAAUUCCGAUGACAUCAUGAGAUUUCUGGAAGGAAUGGCUAGCUCCGACGACGUUCUCUUCGGUUUUCUCGAUGAAGGAAACCACUCACCGGAGGAUUUCCCAGACAACGGCAACCUCAACGGCGACUCAGAUAUAGACGAAGAAAGCGAGGUCAAUAAGAAUUGUAAUUCUGAAGAAAACAAAGCUUUCUGGCCGGAACAAGAACAACUUCUUCAGGGGACACUGUAUCGGACAAGUUCGAUUGAGACAAAGAUUAGACAAGCGACAAAGGAAGCUUUGAAACAGGUUAAAUCAAAGGGUCUUCAUUGUAUCUGCCGGCGGCCCGAUAACGGCGGUUGUCGGAGCUGCUUACGUGGUGAAAUCUCUCGAUAUCUCCGAGAUGUGGCCGGCUACGACUGCGUCAUCUCCAAAUCCAAGUGGAGAAGCUCUCAAGACAUCCCUGCAGGAGAACACGAAUACAUAGAGAUCGUGGACCGAUCUGAUUCGAAGAAAGGCGAGAUGCGAGUGGUGAUUGAGUUAUCAUUCAGGGCAGAGUUCGAGAUUGCAAAAGGCGGUGAAGAUUAUAAAAAGCUUAUAGGCCGAUUGCCCGAGGUCUACGUCGGAAAACCCGAGCGGCUCCGAUCUCUGAUCAAGAUAUUGUGCAUUGCCGGGAAGAAAUGCUUGAGAGACAAGAAAAUGUAUAUGGGACCUUGGAGAAAACACAAGUACAUGCAAGCCAAGUGGCUUGGCACAUGCGAUAGAUCCAACUCCUUGGAUGCGGCCGUGGUCUCUGAGACGUCUGAGCCGGAAAAUUGGGUGCCACCGGCGAAGCCUAGGGUUUCCAGGUUGAACCACGAUGGUUUGCUUGGUAGUUUGUCCACCGGGAUGGGCCGCCCUACCGCUGUAACGGUCGUGUGA